UGUAGAGAGGGGGACCGAUCAAAGCCAGUGCUUCGCGGGUGUGUGUGUAGCACUGUUGUGUGUGCUUUGUGCUGUCGAUUUACCUCCUGGAAAUAUAUCGAAAAACUCUCCAUGGGGGCCCCACCCGAAAUAAUAAGAAAUAUGGCUACUGUGAAAAAUAAUUUUACGCCCAGGGCGUAAAUGUACAAAAUCAUCGAAUGAAGAGGAAAAGAAAUCCAGCAAAUGUAUAAAAAUGAAUGAUAUAGAAAGCAUCGGUAUGAAAAUGCCUCACAGUCAUUCGACACCAGCCGGUGUCGAUGGCGGAAGUCGAACGCCGCCCACAACCCCUAGAAAAGCUGGAAAGAUGCUUGCGGUCCGAAUACAGAUGCUUGACGACACCAUCACGAUGUUUCAAGUGCAGGCAAAAGCAUUGGGCAGAGUUCUCUUUGACCAAGUCUGCAAACAGUUACAUCUCCUGGAAGCGGAUUACUUUGGCCUUGAAUAUCAGGAGAUUAACGGAACGAGGUAUUGGUUGGACCUAGAAAAACCAGUUUGCCGACAAGUAGGACUAUCGCUUGUCGAUCCGCUCCUGAGAUUUUGCGUCAAGUUUUACACGCCUGAUCCCGCACAGCUCGAAGAAGAAUUCACUAGAUAUUUGUUUUGUUUACAAAUCAAACGUGACUUAGCUCAGGGUUUACUGCAAUGUAAUGAUAACACUGCAGCAUUAAUGGCUAGCUACAUUGUUCAAGCUGAAUGUGGUGAUUAUGUUAUAGAAGAUUAUCCUGAUCACACGUAUUUGUCUACUUAUAAAUUCGUGCCUCAUCAAGAUCAGGAAUUAGAACGACGUAUAAUGGAAAAUCACAAGAAACAUGCAGGACAAUCUCCUGCGGAAGCAGAUCUCAAUCUUUUAGAAACCGCUCGACGUUGUGAACUUUAUGGAAUGAAAAUGCAUCCUGCCAAAGAUCAUGAAGGUGUACCGCUCAAUUUGGCAGUCGCGCACAUGGGUAUUGUUGUUUUUCAAAACUACACUAAAAUAAAUACAUUUAGUUGGGCAAAAAUUAGAAAAAUUAGUUUCAAACGGAAACGAUUUCUCAUUAAACUUCAUCCCGAAGGCUAUGGCUAUUACAAGGAUACAGUUGAAUUUUUCUUCGAAGGUCGAAAUGAAUGCAAAAAUUUUUGGAAAAAAUGUGUAGAAAAUCAUGGAUUCUUCCGCUGUUCUGUUGUUAAACGCGUUGUACGCCAAAAGACGCGAGUCCUCAGUCGAGGAUCGUCUUUUAGGUACAGCGGUAAGACACAGAAACAGAUUGUGGAAUUCGUACGUGAUAAUUAUGUCAAGAGGCAAACGUUCCAAAGGUCCAAUUCGUUCCGGCAGACUAGCGGUGGUAGGGCAUUGCAGGGCUCGGAGGGGGGAGGCUAUCGUGGCGCCACUUCAAGCAGCUCCCUUAUGGGCAGCUCCAGCAUCUCUGCCCACCCCCUCCUGCCCCUCGGCGACCCCGCAUUGGGAACACCGGCUCUGUCUCUGUCAUGCGGUUCGAUGACACUGGAUUCUCCGACGACUGUGACGAGUGUCUCGAUGGGAGGGACGAGUCACCGUCGCGACGACACAGCUACAUCCUUUCGGACGCUCACCUCUAUCGACGUACAUUCACCUGCCAGUCCGAACCAGGUCCCAGUUCAGCGGCAGUUACAUGCUACCAGUCAACAGCGGAUUACAACAGCAGCAGGUCGUAUCAGCCCCUCUAACAGCGUAUCAUCCCCUGAAUUCCCUCCGCCACGACCAUUGCCCCGUUAUCCUUGGCAACGUUCAGUUAGUUGUCGAGAAUUAUAUGCCUCGAGUUUUGAGGAUUCCGGCAAAGCACUACUACCAAAAGAUGAAAAAUCCUCAGGCGAAUCUGUCCUGACACCAUUUCAAUUGCCAUCCCAAGGAGAGCUCGACAAUCCCGUGACACGUUACGAUGAGAGCAAUCGUUCUUAUAGUGUUGCAAGCUCCAAAUUACCAUCCCUUGAACAUGAUUCAGUUCCAGAUCGUAUUUACAGUAGCUCAUAUCCUGGUACAUCGUCAGUGUCAACUGAAUCGGGUCACGAAGAAUCAGGACAAGCGGGAGAUUUAUCGCACGAUGAUCUCUCACACGAUUCUUAUGAAUUAUUAGAACGUGAGCACGAAUUUGAAUAUCCUGAAUCUUAUUCGAGUCCACAUAAUAAUGAAGCAAUGUCUGAUAAUAGUGAUGAGGGAAUUGAACCUGAAAUGUUUCAAAUGGAUUCGGAAACUGAUUCAUUUGUUAAGCAUCGUUCAAUAAAAUCAACUGAUAAACAAUUAUUCAAAUCCGUGCUCACUGAUAUUAAAAAUCUUAAAGCAAAGUCCAUUGAUCGGUACUCAGCGAUUGGUAAACCUGAUGGUGAAUUUGUCAUCACUGAAUCGCGAAUUCAUCGUUCAAAUACACAAAUAGAACGUAAAUUUGAAUCGCGUCCCUCUAAUACAAUUGAAUUGCAAGCUAAACCACCGUUACCACAUCAGGAUUCAAAUAAAAAAGAUCCCAUUGUUUUACAGGUACAAAAGCAAAAAAUGACGGUAUUAAAUGAAUUAAAGAAUUUGAAAUCGAAGCAUAAAAUUACGCAUGUAGAUUCUGAAGUUUUGCGUGACGAGGGUAUUAUGAGACCGAAAUCAAGAAUCGAUGAUAAUCUUAGUCCGGUGGAAGGUAAAAAAUCGGGUAGAACGACUAGGGCACGUAGUAUUGCGAGUUUAGAGGAUUAUCAAUCGAGGCAAUAUGUUGAAACUGGUAGCUUAGGACGAGGUAAUAAAUUACGUGACAGAAGACGUGAGGCGGAAGCAAAAGUAGAUAAAGUCUUUUCAAAAAUACAAGAGAAAGAGCGUAAACGUUAUGAGAGAGAAAAUUCGAGGGAAGCUAGAAGAAGUGAUAAAUCCGAAUGGAGAGAACGAAGAGAACGACGAAGUAUUGAACGAUUAGAUUCACGUGAAAUUUACAGGCGCCGUAGUAUGGAACGUAAUGAUUUAUCCGAAUUAAGAAGAAGUAUCGAGAGAUUAGAUACCAGGGAACGAAAUUACGAUCAAUCUGAUUAUCGUGAACCUUUCUAUAUUGAACGCGAAAGACGUAAAAGUCUUGAUAAUUUAGAUUAUAAAGACAAGAGUCAUCGAUAUCAUGAGACGCGACAACGACGAGAAAGAAGUAUUGAACGUCUUGAUUCUCGUGAAACACGACGAAGUCCCGGUAAAAGUCCAAAGAGUCCAAAAAGCCCCAAGAGUCCAAAAAGUCCCUUAGAUUAUAAUCAAAAACACGUUUUUGAAUCACGAAGUUCAAUUGAUUAUGUAAAAGAUUCGAGACGUAAAAGUAUCGAACGAUUAGAUUCACGUGAACGACCAACAUUUGAUUUUGAUCCCAUUGCUAUUGAACGUUUAAGUUCUCUAGAGCGUACUUAUGUUGAGCAAUUUAAUAUUAAAGAAAAGCCAAACGACAAAAAAUCCUCCGAACGUAAGAAUCUAGAACGAUUUGAUUCUAAAGAAAAAAGAAAUUUCGAUUAUGAAACUGAUGAUUAUGAAAGGCAAAAGAGCAUCGAAAAAUUAGAUUCUAAGGAUUUGAGAAGAAAUGAAGAGAAGCCACGCGAAAGAGACGAUUGGAGAAGUUUGGAGAAAGCUAGAAAGGACAAUGAACGUCGUGAGAAAGAACGUCAAGUGAAAAUAUCAAUAGAGUCACGCACAGAAACUGUGAUAGGUAUUCCCAAUGAGGAGGAAAUUUUAAAACCAAAAGCCGUAUUUACAGAAUAUGAUCCUAAAAUUGUCGGCGGAAUAGUUGUAGGUUUUGAUGAUUCUUCUUUACCCGGUCACAUACCCGUUGAACGCACAAAGAGUGAUCCUAAUCCAGCUCGACAAAGAUUAGGCUCCAAUAGCAAGAGGCACAUGCUGAUGCAUCAAAAAUCUAUUGAUUUAACUCCAGCCGAUUCUGGCGAUGAAGAUGCAUUUGCUGAUGGUGUUUCUGUUCAAAAAUCAACUACCGAUAUUCCCUAUACUUUGCACAAACGACACGUUAUGAAUGGUACUGCAUCGGAUGAAAAAUCAGAAUCAGACAAUGGAAAAAUACCAUGUUUAGAUUUAUCAAAACUACCACCGAUAGAUAAGCCCAUUACCAAAUUAUCACCCGACAAACCAAGAAGUAUUUUAGUAAGCCCCGACAAAUCAAAGUCAAUUUUAAAUUCCUCUGAUAAAUCUAAAAGUAACACUGGUCCCAAACGAUCACCAACUGAUCGUAAAACAUUCGUCUAUAAUUUAUCACCAACUGACAAAAGUUCUACAAAAACAACAAAAAUUUCAUCAACAUGUCGUCUUUCCCCAAAGUCUAUGUCCUUGGAUCAAACCAAGUACGAUAAUUCAUCAAUUGAUAAAACUUGCAUUAAAUCUUCAAGUUUCGAUAAAAAGUCUUCCAAAAUAUCACCUACUAAAGCAUCAGUUACAAUUAUUUCCAUUAAAGAGAAACUAUCACCGAAAUUAUCGCCAACUGAUCCUCUCGUUACAAUUGUCUCGGUCCUUGAAAAGAAACGUUUUUCUGACGACAGAUCGAAGUCAUUUAAUUUUGCCGAUGUUGUUGGACUUGAAAUAAAACAGGAACUAGGACGAAGAGAAAAAGAAAAAUUGAAAGUACCAGACGAUAGUUUAGAAAAACAGGACAGCAUUGAAAAAAUUCCCCUGCCUGAAAUUCCCAUAUUGCCUUUAUUAGAAUCCGUAACUUUAGUUACACCGACUGAACCUGGUGCCAAAAAACCACCUAUACCCGAUAAGCCAUUAUUGAGAAAUUUACCCAGUAAACUUUUAAUUACUGAUCAUUCUGAGGACAAGACUGAUAGUUUAGUUAAAGGUGAAAAAAGUACGCCAGUUUCUCCAAAACUCAUUGUAUCACCCGAAAAAUCCAAAACAUUAAGAUCAAAGAAUUUAGAAAAACCAACAAUACCCGAAAAAACAAAACGUAUAUUAGAUAGAAUAGAAUCAAGAUUUACCGAAGCCAAUAAAAAUUCAGCAACUAAAGUUGCAAGACCAAAAAUCUUUGACACUGGUUUCGAUGAUUUCGUUGAUCCAGUAGCUGAUCUUCCACUUGAUGAAGUACCAAUAAAACCUGCUUUAGAAUUGGAUAGUUUAAAAGUUCCGGAAUUUACACCAUUUAUGUUAAGGCCUCAUGGCGAGCCAAUGCGUUCAAAAUCUCUAUCAUUGGCCGAGGAGAAAGCACCAAUUGAUACUCUAUUAUCGCCUGAUCGUGAAAAUAAACAUUUCAUUCAGGAUGUUUCGCCAAAGAAAAUAAAGAAAGCCAAAUCCGAACCAAAGAAAGAUUUCAAAAAGCAAUCCAAAUCCUUGGAAGGUGAUAAACCAACACUCAAGAAAACAGGAUCAAAGGAAUUAAGAACUUCUCCAGCAAGCUCAAAAAUAGAUAAAUCUAAAUUGAAAUUAGGUGAAAUGCCUCAGGAAAUUAUUAUUAUUGAUUCCACUGAUGUUGUACCCGAAGUAAGUAUAGUUCAAAAAACAAGAUCUAGAUCAGUGGGACGAUUAUCGGACAGUAGAUCUUUAUCAUCUUCAAAAGAUGAAAAAGACGAUAUUAAAAAACCAAAAGGAAAAUCAGCAUCAGUCGAUGAUGAUAUGAUUAAGAGUCCAGGAAGUUUGAAAAGUGAUAAACCCAGACCAAAAUCUCUUGGAAUUUCAAAAAGUUUGGGUAGCACUGAACAGAGAGAUUCCCUUGAUAAAGUAUCACCAAAAAGAUCAGCUUCUGUCAGAAGCAAAACUUCUGACACUAGCAAAGAUACAAUUAAACGUGAUAUUGAUAAUAAUUCACGAAAAGAAGAAUUAGAUUCCUCAUUUAAUGACAUUAUACCUCCUCCUCUUGAGGAAGAAACCCUUGAAAUCGAAUCAAAAUCAAUUGAACCGGAAAUUGUUCCCGAUGAUAAAAAAUCGUCAGAUAAAAAAGAAAGUAAAAAAUCUCCCAUAGCUCAAGAACUUGCAGAAUCGCCAGUUGUUUUACGAAAACCUGGACAAAGUCCAAUUUUAUUUGCCCGAGCUCGAUUGGGAUUGUCCGAGGGAAGUGGAAUUGGUGCUUUACAACGUCAAGGCGCUGCCACACAAUCGCCAACUUCUCAAAGAAGAGCAAAAUCACUAGACGCUCCAGUUAUUGCUCUUCAUAGAUUACCACCAAUUAAUGCAUUUUCAAGUAAAGAUGACACUGUUGAUAUGUCAGAAGAAGCUGAAAAAGAAGCUGAGAAACAAUCUGAGGAAAUUGUUAAACAAUCAAUGCAGAUAGAAGUUUCUCCAAAUCAUAAAUCAGAUAGCACUGAUCAUACAACAGUGCCCGAAAUUUGUACCGAUUCAUUGUCAGUCACAGAGACAUCGACACAAUAUUUAGAAUCACCAUUAACUGAAAAUAAUGAAAUAGUAAUAUGUCCGGAUUUGAUACCAUAUGAGCAAGAUAACCAAAUGUGUAUCACAAUUGAUGAAAUAGCUUCUGGCUUCCAAGAGUUAAAAAUUGAUUUAUCGACUAAAUUCAUUGAUCAAAGUUCCAUAGAGUCGGGUGCAGAAGAAACAGUCGAUCAUGAAAUAAAGACAGAAAAUGAUUAUGUAAAAAAACAAGCAGCAGAAAAUAUUAAAGAUUCAAGUCCACGUACAUCAAUUGAUAAAGAUGAUUUACCUAAUGUUACAGUUAGUGUUAUUGAAGAGGGCUGUGAAUUUCCACCUGAGCCUUAUGAUUUUAAUCAAGAUUCCUCAGUUAUGGUUCGAUCGCCAAUACAAAUUUCCAUUGAAGAAUGUUCCGAUGAAGCAAAAUCAAGUGAUGAGGAUCCAGAAGUUAUUGAUCAGGAGACUUAUCAAAUUGAAGUUCACGAAAAACGUAGAUUAGAUUCUGGUGAUACGAGUGAAGAUACCUUGGAUGCUAUUGAUACACAAGUACAGAUGCACGGCGGUGAUAGUGAUAUGAGUUCACCUGACUAUGGAAUUGAUAAGGUUGAUGAAAAAACUCUCGUGGAAGUUGAAUUAACGCCAGAAUAUUUGGAAAUGAAAAAAGAAGAAGAGGAAGGUGCUGAAGAAUUGCCUGAGGACGAACCAAUUGGUAAAGAUUCUCCCGAUACAUUGGAUCUUCAUCGUCUUGGAGUUGAUCGAAAAUUAAGAUUAAGUACUGAACGCUCAAGAAGUGAAGACACUAACACUUGGACACCAGAUAGAGAAGAUCCGGACUCAAGUUCGUGUUCCAUUGCCAGACCACUUGGUAUUGGUCAAGUACAGCCUAUAAUUGAUCGAAGGGAAAUUGCUCAAAUUAGAGAAUCACGUAAAGAAGGAUCUGUCGAGGAGGAAAGCAGUAGUAGUUCUCAUCCCUAUCCUAAACCAGAAUUAAGUUCAACUUGGAGACCAUUUCCCUUGGAGAGUUCGGGAAGUUCGAGUCUUGAGGAGGGAUGGAUGCCACCAGACGAUAAUCAUCAUCAACCAAAUUCAGAGGACAGUAACGGUCCCAAUGAAGAUAGCUAUCAGGAAGAUUUAAUGGACUUUCCAGGUGGAUUUAGCUAUCCCGUGGGUCCUGAAAUUCUCAGUAAUUACGGUGCUUUCUCACUUUCACGCACACUUUCACGUAUUUCGGAGAGAUCGACAACUUCCGAACAAGACAAAAGCGAUAUGGAAGAUUCAUUUAAACCAAGUUCGAGAUCACCGAGCAUUGAGGAUGAAUCUUUAAUAUCAAGUGAUCAUCAGCCUUCUUUGUCAUCGGAUCCACCAUCAGGAGCGGCUCAUCCCUCCGUAUCGGAAGAUCGUAGAACAUCUUCUGAACUUCCCGAUAUUCCAAUUGACGUGCAAGACGACGAUGGAAAGUCACCAAAGACAAGACGAGCCAGACUACAAUUACAAAGUUCAGAAGAUUGGCCUACACCACCGAGUUCACCUCUUUUUGAAACACCAGUUGUCAGUCAUGUUGAAACAUUUUACAUGGAAAUAAAACCCGAAGAGGCUGUAAAAGUGACAGUGACCGACAGCACCGAUACAACUGGCCGUGUCGAUCAGGACAGUGAUUCAAGCGAUGAGAAUCGAACACUUCACGAGGAUUUACAUUCAGCAUUCUUAGAAGAUGGCCAAAGUUCCGCAUCGGCGACAACAGUCGAUGGCACUGUUAAAAUAGCCGUUAAAGCAAAAUCCAAUUCCUAUAUAACUGGUUCGUCGCACAGCGAAGAUACAUCAAUGGGUCUCUCCAUGUCUGAAUGGUCAAGCUCAAAUAAUACUGUUCGUCAAUUCUGCCAAUAUUCAGGCACAAAAUCCGAUGAUAAUUCUCUCGCCGAAUUAGGGGCAUCAAUUUCCGAUUGGUCAGGUAGUACGUCAAUAAUUCCCCAACAGUUUUAUUCAAAUUUAACUGAAAAAAGUCAAAGCGACACUACAACAUCGGACAAAAGUGUCACAAGUAUGAGACCAAAUUCAAAAUGUCAACUUAUUGAAAGUCCACCACUUCCCGAUGAGGAGAAUCCAUGUAGUGGUUCUUACGACAGUAAGGGAAAAAUGUUAGGUGACGAUGAGGAUUCAUCGAAAGAUGAAUUUGACGAAGCAAGAAAAUUUGUCGAAAGUCAAUUUGACGAGCAUCGACGUCGUUUUGAAGAGGAUUCCGGUGCUCAUGCAUUUGUCAAUAUUUUACCGCCGAAAAUAACAUUUGAAAAUGAAUACGACGAGGCGAUACGCGAGGAUUAUGAUAUUUUACCAGAUGUUGUUGAAAUUUCAAAUCUUCCAGGUCCAAUACCCGAGGAAGAUGAAGAUCAAUUAUAUGACAAUGUACCAGCAAUGAAAUAUCCAAGUAGAGAUCAAAUACGAAUGGAAGUUAAUCGUGGCGAUAGUUCUGAGGAUAUGCACGAGAGAUACGCUGGUUUAACCACAGCAAGAUCAAGAUCAGGUGACGAUGAAUGGUCGCCAAGUGAUCAAGGACAAUCGCACGAUGCAUCAAGAAGAUUGGAAAAAUUCAAUCGUUUUCAUUCGGAUCCUCAUGAUUAUAAACCUGGUACAAAAUCAACAGAGAGACCCGUUGUUGUGCCAAUUCGUGCAAAAUCAACGCCAUACUAUUCAACAACAAGUUUAAGUGGUGAAUCAACGACAUCGAGUCCUCCAAUGCAAAUUAGAGCACAAAUAAGAACAAAAACAAUGCCCUAUUCAUCAAAUAGAAGUCCACAAAGUGAAGGUGAUACUUCAUCGAGUAUGGAUAGUCCCGGUCAUACACCCGAUAGAGGCCAAAGGGCAUUCAGAAGAAAACGACAACAAAGAAGACAUCGUGUCUCAGUUGAUCUUGAAAUUAAAGAUGGACAAAUUGUUUCAAGUACUGAUUCUAGUUUUGAUGUUGCUACAAUACCACCUCCAUUACUACCAGAGCCGUGUCUCGAUAUUGAAAAUAUCGAUGAUGAAUUAUCUGAUAAUGAAAAAGAUCAAAAAUAAAAGUAUAGUAAAUUUAUAAAAGAAAACGAAGCCAAUUAGAAACAAGUGUUUUAUGCUCGAACACAACGAAAAUGCAAACUCGGUUACUAUAUAUUAAAUAUCAUCAUCGAACUUAAUCGAAAGUCAAAAAAAAAAAAAAAUUCUAGUUUAACAACGAGCAAAGUAUCCGAGUUAUUUUUUUAAAGUAAAAAUCCGAUUUGAGGAAUUGAAACGAAAUUAAAGUGGAAUUGAGUUUAAUGGAUUAGAAUCAAGAGCACAAUAAGCAUUAUUUAUUCGUACAAAUUGCUCGUCAAAAAAAUGUUUAGGUUAUGAAUUCUUUUUUAAUGAUGCAGUAAUUGGAAUUUAUCGAACAAUAAUUAAAUAUAAUCGGCAUAUUUCGUUAUGUGACAAUAGAGCGAUUAAAGAAAAAAAAGAGGGCGUAUUAUUAUCUCAAAAAAAUCAAUUAGAAUUUUAAUAUUAAAAAAUUUUAUUAGACAUAAUUUAUUUUUUAGUUGAAUUUUUAUUUUUUGAAUUAGCAUUUAACAGAAUUUCAGAAUUGUUAACGAAUUUUUUAAUUAUCAGGAGGAUGAA